AUGACUACGAUAUGCGCUCCAUGCAUUAGAACUUACCCAUAUCCGCCGCUCUUGUGUCCGCCACCGCCUCCAGCGCUAGAGGCGGCACUGGCACUGGCGCUAGCUUUAGCACCGCCGAAGCCGCCCCCAUUUCCACCGCCUCCGUGUCCGCCGCCGCUGUUUCCGCCCCCCAAUCCGCCGGAUCCACCGUGGCCACCGCCACCGCCCUGGCCGCCUCCGAGACCACCGCCGCCGCCCUUGCCGCCUCCAAGACCGCCGCCGCCGCCAUGGCCGCCGCCUAAUCCGCUGCCGCCACCAAAACCGCCACCACCGCCGCCGCCGCCACCGCCUCCGUUGCUACCCCCGCCGUAA